AUGAGUCCAAUGGCUCAUGAUGAGACUCGGGAUUCCCUCAAAAACGAGAUAGCGGAGCUUGAAGCGCGAUUACAAAAGGCGAGGCAACGGCUGAGUGCACAAGCCUCAGACACAGCCCACUCGUCAGCAAAGCUAACACUUCCGCAUCGCAACGGCGUUUCGCCAUCCACCACCGCGGCCAUCGGCCCCAUCAUAAACACGGCCGCCAGCUCGGCGCACCACUACCUGCUGCUACUCUCGGAUUCGGCGCUGCCGCUGGGCUCGUUUGCCUUCUCAUCGGGUCUGGAGUCCUACAAGACGCACGAUGGGCAUGGGGCCUCGUUCAACACCUUUCUGCCCCUCUCGCUAUCGGCAUACGCGUCCACAACGCUACCGUUCGUGUUGGCCGCGCACCGGGACCCUUUGGCCACGGCCGAGCUCGACGACGCCCAUGACGCCGCCGUCAUUUGCACUGUAGGCCGCCGCGCCUCCGUUGCCCAGGGCCGCGCCCUCUUGGGUGUCUGGGAAAAGAGCUUUGCGCCCGCAGUACCGGCGUCGUCCCGGGAGGCCAUUGCCCAUCUCCGGGGCCUGCUCUCAUCACCGGGAGCAGCCGUCGGCGGCGGCGGCGACGCGAGUAGUGGUGGUUGUGGCCCGGCCUAUUGCUACAGCGCGCACCUGGCCCCGCUCUUUGGUGCCAUUUGUAACCUGCUCGGAUUGACGCUGCGGCAGACGGCCUACGUGUUUAUGCUGUCCCACGUAAAGGCGCUGGUCUCGGCGGGUGUGCGGGCGGCCAUGAUGGGUCCAUAUGUUGCCCAGCGUGUCUUGGCCAGCCGGGAAGUCCAGGAUUUGAUCUCGGCCAUGAUUGACAGGGAGUGGGAGACCAAGUACGAGGAGGCCGGCCAGACUGUGCCCGUGAUGGAUCUGUGGAUUGGACGGCAUGAAAUGCUCUAUUCUAGGAUCUUCAACAGCUGA